UUAAAAACUCUUUAAUUUCACUUCAAACGUGUUCGGCGACAUGCUGCAGCGCCCCUCGGUUGCGUUUCUGCAAAUAAAAAGCUUUGGCUUGGAGUUUUUGAUGCACACAUAUUCCGAAAUUUGUAGCAUUUAAAAGUUUAUUGAAUCGUUAUAAUUUCGAACAUGUACGCGUAAUGCAGCAGUGCCCCUCAGUCGGUUUUGCCUUCUGCCGUCAAACCUUCAAAGUUUAAGGAAAUAGCCGCCUAAUCUUUUUUUAACAUUUAAUUUAAUACGAUUUAUAAUUUAAUUUGUAUAAAACCCAGCAUUAUCUCCUGAACAACAACAAACCUAUGUUAAUUAACCCCUUAGCUUGAUAAGAGAUCUUCCAUAGAACCAUAACUAAUUCCAGAUAACUCUACAAACGGGAAAGCUCUAUCAGUGGACAUGUUUUACGCGACCCCUGUGUAGCUUUUUUUCAGUUUCAGUUGACAGAAAACACGCGCGGCGAACAGACCGUCACACCAGAGCUAUGACUAAAGCCAGAGCAGACGAAUGUGUAAUUACGUUGCCGCUGGGCAAGAUCAAGGGCGUGAAGCGUGAAAGCCUGUACGAUGAUACGUACUACAGCUACGAGCGGCUGCCCUUUGCCAAGCCCCCGAUUGGCGAGCUGCGUUUCAGGGCCCCCGUGUCCGUAGAGCCGUGGACUGGUGUGCUGGACUGCAGCCACUAUGCGGAGAAGCCAGUGCAAAAGAAUUUCAUGACACAGGUGAUCGAGGGCAACGAGGACUGCCUGUAUCUGAAUGUCUAUGCCAAGCCGAGCGAAAAACCUCUGCCGGUCAUGGUCUACAUUUACGGCGGGGCCUUCACCGUGGGCGAGGCCACACGCGAAUUGUAUGCUCCUGACUAUUUUAUGGCCAAAGAUGUUCUGUUGGUGACUUUCAAUUAUCGUGUGGACUGCUUGGGUUUUCUGUCCCUCACGGAUCCCAGUCUCAAAGUUCCAGGCAAUGCGGGGCUUAAGGAUAUGGUACUGGCUCUGCGAUGGGUUAAGAAAUACAUUUCCCACUUUAAUGGUGAUGCCGAAAAUAUAACGGUCUUCGGCGAGAGUGCCGGCGGAUGCUCCACACAUUUCAUGAUGUGCACAGAGCAGACGCGAGGACUCUACCACAAAGCCAUACCGAUGUCGGGGACCGUCCACAACUACUGGUCGAAUACCCCGAGGUCGGACUUUGCCUAUCGUUUGGCCAAACACCAUGGCUACACGGGUGAGAAUGUGGAUGCACAGGUGCUCGAGCAUUUGCGAGGGGUGCCGGCAUUGGAGCUAGUUCGCCACAGUUUGUUAACGCCCGAGGAUCGCCGGAAUGGUAUGCUCUUCCCCUUUGGACCCACGAUAGAGUCGUAUGUGGGUGAGGACUGCGUGGUGCCCAAAUCGCCAGUGGAAAUGGCCCGCGAGGCGUGGACCAACGAUCUGCCUGCAAUGCUGGGUGGCACAUCGUUUGAGGGUCUCUUUAUGUAUCCCGCUGUGGCGGCUAAUCUCAAGGGUUUGGAUACCUUAAGCCAGGAUCCCCUGAAAAUGGUCCCCCAUGAUGUGCGUUUGAUUAGUACGGAGAAGGAGAAUCUGGAGUACAGCGAGAGAAUGCUCAAGAUGACCUUUGGCGAUGCUACACCAAGCUCUGAGCUUUUUAUGAAUAUGCUGGAUUACUAUUCCUAUAAGGUCUUCUGGCAUGGCUUGAAUCGCACUUUGCAGGCCAGAUUCGCCUAUGCCCGUGCCCCAACAUAUUUCUAUCGCUUUGACUUUGAUUCCCCGAACUUUAAUUUCUAUCGUAAGAAAUUCUGCGGCGACAACAUACAGAAAGGCGUUGCCCAUGCCGAUGACCUGAGCUAUUUGUUCCGUAACUCUGAAUCCUGGAAACUGGAGAAAACAUCAGGGGAAUAUCGAACCAUUCAGAGAAUGAUUGGCAUUUGGACGGCAUUUGCUGCCAAUUCCAACCCGAAUUGUGCCGAAAUUAGCGAAGUGGACUGGCAGCCAGCGAAAAAGUCGGCGCCCAAGCGUGUGGUCAACAUAAGUGAGGAUGUUAAGAUUGUGGAUCUGCCGGAGUAUGCGAAACUUCUAGUGUGGGAUAGCAUUUAUAAGCCAGAGAAUUUAAUCAAAUUUUACGAAAUGGCUACGCAAAACGCUGUUGGCAUUAAUCCACGUCCUCUGGAGGAUCAAGGCACUGGACAGCUGCUGAUGGAACUGAAGAACCUGGUACUGUGGCGCAACUUUCUGCGAACACUGUUUGUUUUUACGAUCAUUCUGAUCCUGUUGGUGGACACAAUAAGCCAUUCGGCAAUCAGUGUGGUGAGCAUGUUGGCCAUCACCAUCAUCCUUGGCGCCAUGGGGUAUCGCUUCUUCGUGGAGGUCAUGGAAUUGUGGAACAGAAGGAACAACAAUGAGGAAUACUAUUCGUAUCGGUUCCAUGUUUUGAUGACAUGCAACAUACCAGAAGAGGAGACAAUGCGUCUGGCCGGAGUGGCUGUCGUGAAGUUGAAUGCAUUCAUUAACAAAAUGAUUGGGCUGCUGCUUGUGGAGGAUCUGCAAGAAUCGUUGAAGAUGUUGGCCGGACUGUGUUUAAUUAAUAUGCUUGGGGAUUACUUGAAUUUCAUGAAUCUGCUGUUGAUGGGUCAUAUUUUGGUAUUUACUUUGCCAAAGUUGUACGAUCUAAAGAAGACAGACUUAGAUAAGUUGCUGAUCAAAAUAGGAGUUAUUCAAAGCCAAAAAGAAGAUGAAGAUGAAGUCCACUUCCAGGACGCUGAACCCCCGACUUGUGAAUCCAACAAGCAAAACAUUGAAGAACCUAAAGAGGACACCAUUAAGGAACAAAAUACAACUGCAAAUUUUGAAAAUAUUCCACAGAAAGAACAUGAUUUGAAGCUCUUUGCGAUGUUUGAGGAGGGGCAUGACCCUGACUGCAGCUGUGCCGAGUGUAACGUCUUGGAUGUGACACUGGUGGCCAACCAAGACAUAGCCCCUAAGAAACAGAAGAAAGAAAAGAAUGUGGACUUCUUGGAUCAUACCUACAGCCCUGACUGUAGCUGCGCCGACUGUGACGUCCUAAAUGCAAUACUGAUCUCAGUUGGCCAUCAAAAAAGGUUUAAGACUUCGUUCAAAUGUUUCGAUAAAUUAGAUUAUAUUAUGUGGAAACCUUAUGUGCCAGGUUGUAGCCACAAAAAGUAUCUGCAGUUGGUGUGCAGGUCUCUCCGUCUUACUCCCAGACGUAGUUAUGCUGAAACAAAGAUCGUGGAUCUGCCCAUGGGCCGUGUGAAGGGUCGCCGACAGUGUGGCAUUUAUGGCGAUCCGUUCUUCAGUUUUGAGGGCAUUCCCUUUGGCAAACCACCGCUGGCUGAUCUUCGUUUUGUGGCCCCAGAGCCUGCAGAUCCAUGGGAGGGUCAGGAGCUAGAUGCCCAACAGGAAAGGGACAUACCCCUGCAGAUGGAGUUACUUGGAGGCAGCACCAUUGGCAGUGAGGAUUGCCUUUACCUGAAUGUCUACACCAAGCACUUUGAUAAAACAAAGCCUCCUCUUCCCGUCAUGGUCUAUAUCUAUGGUGGUGCCUUUCGCACUGGCGGUGCCACGCGGAAGAAGUACGGCCCGGAUUAUUUGAUGUCCAAGGACAUUGUGUACGUGAUCUUCAACUAUCGGCUGUGCGCUCUCGGAUUUCUCAGUUUGCCCAGCAUCGAAUCGAAUGUCCCCGGCAAUGCGGGACUGCACGAUCAACUGCUGGCUCUCAAGUGGAUCAAACAGCAUAUUCAGCACUUCAAUGGCGAUCCGGAGAACAUCACGCUUUUCGGCGAGAGCGCAGGGGCUGUGGGGGUGCAUUUCAUGAUGUGCCUGCCGCAGGCCAAGUGCCUCUUCCAUAAGGCCAUUAUGAUGUCUGGCUCGAUGCUGAACCCGUGGGCACAGAUCCCGGGUGGAGCCAGUUUGUACUGCCAAUUGGCACUGGCUGCUGGCUAUGUGGGACCACGCAGGGAGAAGGAUAUGCUGCGGUACCUUCGCUGGGUGGAGGCCAAGAAAUUGGUGGAGUACGCUCUUAAUGCCUACACCUUUCACGAUCGAUGCUCUGGCUUUCUCUAUCCGUUUGUGCCGGGCGUGGAAGAGGCCAAGUGUGAGAGGGGUUUGGUCCAGCAGCCAUAUCUGGACAUGAUGAGGGAUGCCUGGUCCACAGAGGUUCCCCUGCUGCUGGGCGGCACCUCCUUCGAAGGAUUGGUCUUCUAUCCCUUCUGCAAGCUGAGCAAUGGCAUUAUGCUGGAUUACCUCAAACAGGAACCAUCAAUGGUGCUGCCCUAUGAACUGUUUCUCACGAUGUCCGAAGAGGUGCGCAAGGCUAGUGCUAAGGAACUAGUCAAAUAUCACUAUGGACCCCAAGGGAUAACCAAAAAGAAUGUGAUGCAGACUCUGGAUCUCUUCAGCUACAAACUCUUCUGGCAUGGUAUACAUCGCGUUGUACGAUCUCGAUUGGCCCAUGCCCAGGCCCCCACCUAUCUGUACCGCUUCGACUUUGAUUCCUCGAGUUUUAAUCUAAUGCGAAAUCGUUUAUGCGGCGAUGACAUUAAGCGGGGUGUCUGUCAUGCCGAUGACAUGGGCUAUGUGUUUCACAAGAAGGGCGUACAGAAACUGCCCUUGGACUCUGCUGAAUAUCUCACUAUACAAAGGAUGGUGGGCAUUCUGACAGCCUUUGCGAAGACUGGAGAUCCUAAUUGUGCCGAAACGAAGUCGGAGCCCUGGUCACCCCUCACCGAAAAGAUGCCCUACAAGGCUAUGAAUAUAGGAUAUCAGCUAGAGUUUAUAACGCAGUACGAAAAGGAUGGCCUGGAGGUGUGGAAUCGUCUAUAUGAUAAUAAGGCUAAACUUUAUGGUGCCUAAAAACCCGAAAUGAAUAAAUGUGUUCCUAAAAGUAUUCUACUUCUGAGAGGCAAUGCGGGCCACAA